AUGCGGCUGGGAGACCAAUGCUUCCUCUACCACUCCAGCUGCAAGGUGCCAGGCAUUGUCGGGCUUCUCAAGGUGGUCAAGGAGGCGUACCCGGACCACACCCAGUUCGACAGCAGCAGCCAGUACCACGACCCCAAGGCCACGCAGGACAAGCCCAAGUGGUUCAUGGUCGAUGUCCAGCUGGAGCGGCGGUUGGGCAGGCAGAUCACCCUGGAGGAGCUCAAGAGCCACAAGGAGGGCGGCCUCAGCGGCAUGGCGCUGUUCCGCCAGUCGCGGCUGUCGGUGCAGCCCGUGUCCGCGCCAGAGUGGGACUUCAUACUGAGCCUCGAGGCGGGGCCCGCGGCUGCGAAGGGCGAGGCGAGACGCUGCUAG